GGGGGAUUUUCCCUGUUUAUAACAGAGAGGUGGUCAGCAUAUUCAACUAUGAAAAGAAGCCAACGUCUGUAAAUUGUGACAGGUGAGUAGAUAUACAUUUCUCUUUGAGUGAACAGAAAACCUCAGCUUUGCACAAUUUAAAAACUCUUUUCUUCACCAAAAAUAACUUUUCCCCAAGGUUUGAUCUGAGAGCUUUCAGAUGGACUCAGAUGAUGAUAUUUGCUAUUGAAGAAAUUAACAAAGACCCAACCAUCCUGUUGAAUGUGACACUUGGCUACAGGAUCCUAGACUCAUGUUCAUCCCCAACAAACACACUGCGUGCAGCGCUGACAUUGGUCGGAGGACAGGAGGAAAACAAUUCCACUUGUUUUCCAGCAGUAUCUGCAAUUGUUGCUGAGGCAGGAUCAUCUCAGUCUAUAGCUGUGGCAUCAACAGUGGGACCAUUUCAAGUACCAGUUGUGAGCUACUUCUCCACUUGUGCCUGUCUAAGUGACAGAGCUAAAUAUCCAACAUUUUUUCGCACAAUACCAAGUGACUACUACCAGGCAAAAGCCUUGGCUGCACUAGUCAAACGUUUUGGUUGGGAGUGGAUUGGAGCCCUACAGUCAGACAACGACUACGGUCUGAAUGGAAUCCGGGCAUUUAAAGAAGAAGUCACAAAGCUUGGAGUUUGUAUUGCAUUUGUUGGAACAAUCAAACGCACCUACAGCGUCGAUAAAACCCUGCGUGUUUUGGAAAUGAUCAAAAAGUCCACAGUUAAAGUCAUUUUAGCUUUCACUGCUGAGGGCGACUUUUAUCCUCUGAUGAAAGAAGUGGUGAAGCAGAACAUCACUGGAAUCCAGUGGAUAGCCAGUGAGGCUUGGAUCACAUCAUCAAGACUCUCCACACCUGAAAUGUUUCAGGCCUUUGGUGGAGCUUUGGGUUUUGUGAUGCCGAAGAUGGCUGUACCAAAUCUAAAACCAUUUCUGACUAGCAUCAGCCCUCAUGCUGAUUCUGGUGCAGUGUUUGUGAGGACAUUCUGGGAAAUUAUUAUGGGCUGUACACCUCAUUUGUCUGGUGAAAACUCAACCAGCAGUUUGGAUGGUAUGUGCACUGGUGAUGAAACAUUAUCAGAUUCCCAAGACCCGUUUUUUGACGUCACAGAACUCAGAGUGUCCUACAAUGUGUACAAUGCCAUUUAUGCCAUUGCACAUGCCCUUCAUCGAGUAGUAUUCUGCAAAUCAGUUGGGGAAAAGGCUGAGGAUCCAUGUAUGAAUGUUUCACAGAUUGAACCCAAACAGGUCACUGCUCAGCUACAAAGAGUACAUUUUGUAAAUACGUUUGGAGACAGCAUAUUCUUUGAUGAGAAUGGCGAUCCACCAGCCUCCUAUGAGGUCAUUAACUGGCAGCUGAGAGACGGAGAAGUCCAUCAUGUAUCCUUGGGACAUUUUGCUUCUGCUGUUAAUGGUGAUUAUAAACUCAGCAUCCUGGAGGAGGAGAUUGUUUGGAGGACAGGAAAAAAUAUUCCCACAUCUGUUUGUUCAGAAGUUUGUCCAGUGGGAACAAGAAAAGCACAGAUCAAAGGAAAACCCAUUUGCUGCUUUGAGUGUAUUUCCUGUGCAGAGGGUGCAGUAGACUGUGUGCCGUGUCCUGUGAAGUUCUGGUCCAAUGAUAAGAAAGAUGAGUGCAUUCCCAAGACAGUUGAAUACCUGACAUACAGUGAGCCAAUGGGCAUCAUCAUCACUGUCCUGUCCUUAUUAGGAGCCUCUCUGUCUUUGACCACCAUGGUGAUUUUUAUCAAAAACAAACAAACUCCAGUGAUCAAAGCCAGUAAUGUAGAACUUAGUUGUUUUCUCCUGCUCUCUUUGGUCCUCUGUUUCCUUUGUCCACUGACGUUCAUCGGCACACCCACAGUUUGGACAUGCAUGCUUCGACACACAGCUUUUGGACUGACAUUUGCUGUCUGUAUCUCCUGUGUUCUGGGGAAAACAAUUGUUGUUGUCCUUGCUUUCAAAGCAACAACUCCUGGCAGCAAAGUUGCCAGACAAUUUGGUCCCAAACAGCAAAGAAUCAUUGUGUGCGCCUGCACUUUCAUUCAGGUUGUGAUAAUAAUAUUGUGGCUAACAUUAAAUCCUCCAUAUCCAGACAUGGUUUUUCAACACAGCACAAAAAAGAUCCUCUUGGAGUGUAACACAGGAUCUGAGGCUGCUUUCUAUGCAGUGUUGAGUUACAUAGGGUUCCUCGCUGUCAUCUGUUUGGUCUUGGCAUUUAUAGCCAGGAAGUUGCCAGACAACUUUAAUGAAGCCAAGUUCAUCACCUUCAGCUUGUUGAUCUUUUGUGCAGUGUGGAUCAGCUUUAUUCCUGCUUAUGUCAGCUCUCCUGGGAAGUUUACUACUGCCGUUGAAACCUUUGCCAUUUUGUCUUCAGCCUUUGGACUAUUUAUUUGUAUCUUUGCUCCUAAAUGCUACAUUAUAUUAAUCAAACCAGAGAGAAACACUAAGAGACUUGUGGCUAAACAUUAAAACAACAACAUGUGCAUUCUUGUAAGUUACCAUUAA